GUGUGUGUAUGUGCGCGUGUGUGUUUCUUCCCAGCAAGAAGGUACUAGCUGCAGCCGCACACGCGAGCGCCACGCGAGGCUCCUGAAGCCAACCGGCGGCGGGAGGAGGGAGGGGAGGAGGAGGUGGAGGAGGAGGCGCAGAGGCGAGAGGAAAGAGCCUUUGCACCUUCUUGCUCCCAUCCUUAAGAAAUCCCUGCGGGCUUUGGCUUUUUUUCCCCCCCCUCCACCCUUUUUUUAUUCUCUCCCAACUUUUCUUCUUCCUCCCGGGCUCCUUCCUUGUCUGUUCUCCCCAUCUCUCUCUGUGCGCACGUGUGUGUGUGUGUGUGUGUGUGUGUGUGUGUGUCCUCCCUUCCCGUCCGCUCGCUCUCCUCGGCGAUCCCGCUGCGCAUGGAGAGCUCCGCGAAGAUGGAGAGCGGCGGCGCGGGGCCGCAGGCGCAACCGCAGGCGCAGCCGCAGCCCUUCCUGGCCCCCGCGGCCUGCUUCUUCGCCACGGCGGCUGCAGCCGCUGCUGCUGCGGCGGCGGCGGCGGCGGCCUCGCAGGGCUCCCAGCAUCAGCCUCCGCCGCAGCCCCAGCCGCAGCCGCAGCCGCAGCCGCAGCCUCCGCCGCCUCCCCCGGCGCCGCAGCUGAGCCCCGCGGCCGACGGCCAGCCCUCAGGGGGCGGUCACAAGUCAGUGCCCAAGCAAGUCAAGCGACAGCGCUCGUCGUCGCCCGAACUGAUGCGCUGCAAACGCCGGCUCAACUUCAGCGGCUUCGGCUACAGCCUGCCGCAGCAGCAGCCCGCGGCCGUGGCGCGUCGCAACGAGCGCGAGCGCAACCGGGUCAAGCUGGUGAACCUGGGCUUCGCCACCCUGCGCGAGCACGUCCCCAACGGCGCGGCCAACAAGAAGAUGAGCAAAGUGGAGACGCUGCGCUCCGCGGUCGAGUACAUCCGCGCGCUGCAGCAGCUGCUGGACGAGCACGACGCCGUGAGCGCCGCCUUCCAGGCCGGCGUCCUGUCGCCCACCAUCUCCCCCAACUACUCCAACGACAUGAACUCCAUGGCCGGCUCCCCGGUCUCGUCCUACUCGUCCGACGAAGGCUCCUACGAUCCGCUCAGCCCAGAGGAACAGGAGCUGCUGGACUUCACCAACUGGUUCUGAGGGGCUCAGGGGGGGCCUACUCAAGCCCAGGUGGCAAUGGACCUUGGAAGCAGGGUGACCGCACGGGCCUGCAUCUUGACUGUCUUUACUCGUCAGUGACGUUGGGAGGGAGAAGAAAAAGGAAACAGAAGAAGGAGAAAAAUAAUAA